AUAAAAGACAACACCACCCAGCUAUAUCCGAACGAGCAAGUCAGUGCUGCGCUGCUGGAAUAUUCUACUCCCGCAAGUACGCUGACUCCGAUUUCUUGGGAACGGCUGCCUCGGUGCAUCGCCGAUCUUCAUGCAUGGGGAGUUGCGAAUCAUGAGAAGUCCAAUUACAUGAUAUCACGCUUGCAGGCUCAAUUACAUAUCUGGAUGAUCAAGACUCUUGGAACUAAGAGGAUCCUCGAAAUCGGCACCUCCAUCGGCUACUCGACCCUGUGCCGGGCCCACGCGGUCGGUCCCUCAGGACACGUCACAACCCUCAAAUAUUCACCCGAGUACACCUCAUUAGCUAAGAAAGAGUUCGAGAAGAAUGGAGUCAAAAACGUCCAAGUUAUUGUUGGGGAUGCCGAAAGAUUAAAGACCCUAGCCACGUCCUUAGAUGAACCAUUCGACCUAAUCUUCAUCGACGCAGACAAGGCAUCCUACCCCACCCACCCCACCCACCCCUCUCUCAUCCUCUCCCUCUCAGGCCCCUCUGGAGCCACAACCCGUCUCCUGCGUCCCGGUGGCAUCAUCGUAGCAGACAACAUUCUCCGCAGUGGCCUCGUUGCGGAUCACUCGCCGACAAAUCCGUGGGCUGUCAAGAUGAAGGAGAACCCAGCAUAGAAAGAGAGUGACUUAACUGUUUUGGACGAGUUCAACGAGGCGUGGGUGGGGAGUGAGAGGAUCGAGACGUUCUUGAUGCUCAUGUUUGAUGGGUUGAUCUGUGGACGGUUGCUUGAUUGAAUCAUUUGGGUGGGAGGGGGUGAGAAUUACCACAUCAGGGCACAAGAAAAUUGCUAGGAGGUCAAUAUGGGAGAUUCGUGCCUAAUUUUCACUACCCAGCCGCCGCAC